AUGCAAGAGUCGCAAAUUAAUCUAGCCAUUCAAGCUAUUGCUUCAUCCAAAAAACUAAGUGUGCGAAGAGCUGCUAAAAUCUAUAAUAUACCGCAUACUACCCUUACCUACAGAAUAGCCGGUCGAACGCCGAAAGCUGGAUCUCGAUCAAUACAUUGUAAAAUGACGGAAUUAGAGGAGAAAUCGCUUUUUCAAUAUAUAAUUGAUAUGGACGAGAGAGGGUUUAGUCCUCGAAUAAGUGAUAUGGAAGAUAUAGCGAAUUAUAUACUCGAAACGCGGGGUGCGAAGAAGGUUGGAAAGCUCUGGGCUCAUCGCUUUGUGAAACGACAUACAAAAUUAAAGACACGUUUUAAUUGCAUUUAUGACUUUCAAAGAACUCUCUACAAAGAUUCAGAGUUUAUUGAAAGAUGGUUUCGAUUAAUAUCGAAUAUACGGGCCAAAUAUAGUAUUCUAGAUUGCGAUUUAUACAACUUCGAUGAGACAGGCUUUAUGAUGGGACAAAUAUCACCAUAUAUAGUAGUUACUAAAGCUGAUCGAUAUGGAAAAAGCAAAGCUAUACAACCAGGCAAUCGAGAAUGGGCUACAGCGAUUAUUUGUGUUGAUGGAGAAGGUCACAAUAUACCUCUGUUUUUGAUAGUAAAAGACGAACACCACCUCUCAAAUUGGUAUACCGAAAGCGAUUUACCAUACGAUUGGCUUAUUAAACCUACUACUAAUGAAUGGACAAAUAAUGAGAUAGGUCUUGAAUGGAUUAAGCACUUCAACAAGCAUACUGAAAGUAGGAAAGUGGGUAGAUAUCGAAUGCUAGUGCUUGAUGGGCAUGAAAGUUAUAAAUCGCCAGCAUUUCAGGAAUACUGCAAGGAACAUAACAUUAUAUUACUUAGUUUACUACCUCAUUCUUCGCAUUUAAUUCAACCACUCGAUAUCGGUUGUUUUGAUCCUUUAAAGCAUUCAUAUAAUCGACAAAUCGAGAACUUUAUCAAGGCGCAUAUCACUUAUAUUACCAAAACCGAGUUCUUUCAAGCCUUCAAAGCUGCAUAUAUCGAAGCAAUAUCUAUAUCGAAUGAGCUCCUAGCUUAUGCGAAUACGCUUUUAACUGCUAAGGUUUAUAGUCUCUGCAAAGCAAAUGAAGCAUUUAGUAAACUCCGGAGAGUUAGAAAAGCUUUAAUACGAAAAGGAGGAGCACUUUCAGUAGAAGAUGGGCAUAGUAUAUCAGAACAAGAGAAUGUAGAAGAUCAGAUACGAUGCGAUGAAUAUACAAAUGAUGGUUCUUCAGCAAGGAGGCAAGCUAUUAUACGACGAUGUAGCAAAUGCGGUAGUACUUUACAUAAUGCACGAACUUGUCAGUUCGAUCCAGCAUUAGUUGAUCUUUAG